CGCAGCACGGCACAGGUACUAGCUGCUGCUCUUCACUGCUUCAGAGUAUUUCAGUACCUUCGCCAACACACCGUGUGACAGAGAGAAAGAGAAUGGCAGUUUGUGUUCUGUAGAGGGAGAAAUUUCUUCAGAGAAACCAACUAAGAGCCAUUAAUGUCUAUCAGAAACAAAGCGUGAGCUAGUACUGCUUCACAGCACAUUCAUUCAUUCACCUCUUCUCCCAAUUCAUGCUGCUGUAACUACUCCAAUUCCGGUUCUCACUCUGAGAAAUUUGAGAUUCUAUCUGUAUUUUGUUCUGUGUUUUUAUUUUGCGUCUGAAAUUGAAUGUACGCGGCUGAUAAUCUGAUAUAUAGAUAGAUGGAGGGGGAACUGAGUAGGAUGACGAUGGACAUAUUCUCCAAACUCGAGCAGAAAUGGCUGUACCACUGCGAAGGCAAGAAGACGCGCGUCCUGAGCAUCGACGGCGGCGGAACAACCGGCAUUGUGGCCGGUGCUGCUCUGGUCCACCUCGAAGAUCAGAUCCGAGCGAAAACCGGCGAUCCUGAUGCUCCAAUUGCUGAGUUCUUCGAUUUAAUCGCUGGUUCUGGAAUAGGUGCUAUUUUCGCCGCAAUGUUGACUGCUGACGGAGGAACCGGCCGUCCGCUGUACACGGCCAGGGAGGCAGUUGCGUUCGUGAGAGAGAAGCAGCCGGAGCUUUUCAGGAGAAAGCAGGUCGGCGUUUUUGGCAGGCAGCGGAGAUUUUCUGGCAAGAGUAUGGACAAGACGCUGAAAGCGGCCUUGACAAGGAGAGAGGACGGGAAGAUUUUGACGUUGAAGGACACGUGCAAGCCGCUACUGGUUCCUUGCUUUGACCUCAAUAGCUCAGCGCCGUUCGUGUUCUCACGCGCCGACGCCUCCGAGUCUGCGAGCUUUGACUUCGAGCUCUGGAAAGUGUGCCGCGCCACGUCAGCUGAUCCGUCCGUGUUCAAGCCAUUUCCGCUCCAGUCGGUCGACGGGAGGACCUUUUGCCUGGCGUUAGGCGGCGGACUCGUCAUGAACAACCCAACCGCCACCGCGGUGAAUCACGUCUUGCACAACAAACGCGAUUUCCCGUCCGUUACCGGCGUGGACGACCUCUUGGUUCUCUCUCUAGGCAAUGGAUCGUUUUCCGCCGCCCCAAACGCAAAAUUGCGUAACGUCUAUUGCUCUACAUCCGCCGUGGUCGGCAUUGUUCAUGACGGCGUUUCGGAAACCGUCGAUCAAAUGCUCUGUAACGCCUUCGCUUUGAAUCCGAACGGUUACGUGAGAAUCCAGGCAAACGGCGUGGGAGAGGGAGUGGAGGAAGUGUUGGAAGAGAGAGGGGUGGAGUCGUUGCCGUUUGGGAGCAAGCGGUUAUUGACGGAAACAAACGGGCAGCGAAUGGGAGGCUUCGUGCAACGGCUAAUUGCUUCGGGAAGGAGCAGCCUGCCACCGAGUCCGUGCAAGGAAGAAGCCGCUGUUAGUCCUAUGAGUAACGGAUGUUAGUUAAUACCAUCCAUUCCUCGCUUUGUUACGGCGUCCGUUUCUUGACCUCCAUAAAUAAACGCAAUAGAGAGACUAGUUUUUUUUUUUUUUUUUUUUUUUUUUUUUUUUUUUUUUUUUUAAAUAGAGAGACUAGUUUUGAGCCCCAUAAUACAUCAGCACUUCACAUGACCACAUGCAUGUUCUAAAAUAUUUGAAGCACCCAAUGGAAACUGGUCUUCUCUGCAUCUGAUUUUAAUACAUAUCGGUCAUUUAUUUUGCGGGGACUACAA